AUGUGCGAGGACUGUUGCGACAAGGACAACUACGAUUCUGAGGAUGAGUUCUUUGAAGACGACGAGUUUUAUCCUCCAGAGGACGGGGUCUAUGACACCGAGGAUGACCACGAGGAUAACUACGACUCUGAGGACGAAUGGUGGCAAGAGCAAGUAGAGGAUCUCAACGGAGACCCUGGAAAUGAGUUGUUUGAGCAGGACAGCUUCUGUGCAAGCUCCCUGCGAAGCCCUGCCCGGGUCGAAGUGAAGCUGAAUCAUCAACAACGAGUGGAGAUUCCCGAUUCCGUGCCUGGCUCGGAGUCUGGCUCCUUGCGUGUCGUUAUGCCUGAAUUCGGGCCUGAUUUUGAGUCUGAUUCCGAGCCUUCGUCCGAGUCUAAUUCCUUUUCUGACAUCCAGGCGCCUAUCCUCUUGCUUCGCUUCCCCGACUUCGCGCGUCGCCGCCAGUCUGACCUUUGGUGGAACCAGUAUGUCCGCCACCAUUACUGGCUGCUGCGGGAACCUGCAAUCAUCAUUGAUUUUAUCCAGAUGUUGCCGAUUGAUCCCUGGGGGAGAUAUCUUCGUGACCCUCAGGUAGCGGUUCAGACAAUGAUUGAUCUCAUGGCGACCACUCAUCGAAGUCCGUCCCAGCCAAACCAGGCGAUGCCACAGACUCUCGCGCGGGUCGCUCCUGAGGGCGAGGCUGACGCUAAUACUGUGAACUUGCAACCUGACGUGUUGUCUGAACCUAACACUGCAGCUAGUCCCCAGGUUGAAGGCGAGGCUGCCGGAGUCGAGCCAUCUAUGACGGAGCCUGAGGUUGGAGCUCCCCUUGAAGUCGGAGAUGGCAACGCUGAAUAA